AUGAACCACCAGCGCCCCUCGGAGAGCUUCAUGGUCUUGUCAGGCAUGAAGCCCAGGUACACAGAAGACCCCAACCGCCCCGGAGAAUCACGCCUAGCUGGUUUCGCAUGGCUACCCAACAGGGCUCGCCACCUCUUCAUCUCUUUCCUGGGGGAAUUAGUCGGCACCUUCCUCUUUCUUUUCUUCGCCUUCGCAGCUACACAGGUCGCCAACAAUCUUCGAGGUACCCGAUCCAUGGACGUUGGAUCAUUGUUGUACAUCUCGUUGGCGUUCGGCUUCUCCUUGGCAGUCACUGUCUGGGUCUUCUUCCGCAUCAGUGGAGGCUUGUUCAACCCUGCUGUCACCGUCGCCAUGGGUCUUGUUGGAGCACUUGGCUGGAUGAAGGUUUUGCUGCUGAUCGUUGCGCAAUUACUCGGUGCCAUCGCUGCCGCCGCUGUUGUGUCCGGACUGUUUCCAGGACCACUAUCCGUGAACACUACCCUCAGCCGUGAAACAUCUAUCACGCGAGGCUUGUUCAUUGAGAUGUUUUUGACCUUUAUGCUGCUCCUUACCAUUUUCAUGUUGGCGGCAGAGAAGCACAAAGCAACCUUCAUUGCCCCAAUCGGCAUUGGACUAGCAUUGUUUAUUGCUGAGCUCGCUGGUGUUUACUUCACGGGAGGCUCCUUGAACCCAGCUCGUUCUUUCGGACCUGCCGUUGUUACCGGCGUAUGGCCUGGACACCACUGGAUCUACUGGUUGGGUCCCCUCCUCGGCGCCAUCCUCGCAGUCAUCUUUUACCGCUUGAUGAAGAUGCUCGAGUACGAGACUGCCAACCCCGGUGCAGACCACGAUGGCCGUGAAGCAUACCAUGAGCAUGGAGUUGGCAGGAGCUCUACUCAAUAUGAGGUCUCAGCCCGCCAUGCGACUGACGGGGCAGACGAGCGUGAACAAGUAAGGAAGUUGCGGUCCAACGUCAUGCCACCAGCUAUGGUUCAGCGUCAACAGAUGCCAUCCCUGGACACAAUGUCGACAUCUACAGGCUUCAUCGAGAAGCCCGCGGCACCGAUGCCGGCACACUUACAGAUGUUCGACGGCCACCGAUCCGACACUGUCAAUCAUCCCGACGACCGCCCACGUGCCCACCACAAGCGCGGCUCGUCGCGAUACGAGAUGUCAUCCGAGUCCAGCUACCGCAAUGGCCCGAGUGCGGAGUCAGGCAGCUCAGAGUCUUAG